GAUUUUUUCUUGCUUGUAGCCAUGCAAGAAACGAAGAGAGGAAGAUCCCCCUACAAAAACAAUUACAAAUUAUUUUUCACCAUUAGCAAAAACUGUGGAUAAAGUGUUGUCACCACCAAAAUCUAACAACAUAUUGGAUUACUUUAAAAAGACUUCUACAAAUGAGAAGACCACUUUCCUCGUUGGAGUUGGAGAAAAUAAAAUUAACCAGUCUUACCAGCUAUGUGCUGAUGAUGGCAAAGAUUGUAAAUCACCUUUGAGACCUACUUCAGAAUCUUUUUCAAAGCUAAAAAGGAAAGGGAAGAGAGUUAAUUUAAAUAGUAAAUUAAGAGAUAUUAAGACUCCCGAGAAUGAAUGUAUGAUAGAAAUAAAUAGUAACGAUAGUACAGAUAUGAUGAAAUCAGAGGAAGAGUGUUUAAAUACUAGUUUUAUUGCUAACAGUGCUUCUGUUUCACUUGCACAAAAACAUGUAGACAAUUUAGCAGCAGAUAAUCAACAAAACAAAAACUCUUCAAACAUUAUCAAAUGCAGAAAUGAUGCGAAGACAACCAAAUUGGAGUUAAAUGUAUCAAAAAUUCACCUAAAAAGAUCAAGGAAGAGGAAGCACAAGUAUAAUACUGAUUUGUCUGAAAAUUCCUCCUCUGAAACCCAGCUGAAUGUAAAGGAACUGAAAGAUAAAAAACAAAUCACAUCUAAAAUAAUUGAAAUUAAGAGUACUGUAAGCAAUUCAAGCCUUGAAGUUAAUGUGGAUAAGACAUCACAGUUAAAUGAUAGUACAGUUACAGUGUCAUUUGAGGAUUUUUUGAAAAGUCAAGGAGAAAAUAAAGUGGAACAAAUUCCAGAAACUAGUAUGCCAAUGCUAAACAAUUUUAUUAUAGAUAAUGAAGAGGACAAAAGUGGUAGUAUCAGUGACCCUGAAAAUGGAGAGGAGUCUCAACAACUACCACUUAGAACAGUAACUGUCCUCGCACAGAUUCAUCCCAUUCCCCCAAAAUCUCUCUCUCUGCCAAAGGAGCAAAAGGUUUCUAGAAAAAUAGCCUCUAUUUUUUUGAAGCAAAAAGAAUGUGAAGUAGAAAGAGAAAACAGUCAAUCUCUUUUAGAGAUUGAACAGACUGAACAAAUGACUCAGAAAAGAAAAUCUAAUGUAGUUAUAGAGGAAGAAGAAUUGGAGUUAGCUGUACUAGAAGCUGUAGGACCUGAAGCUGUGAAGCCAAAAUGUACUAUAGAAGAAAGACAUCAGUUUAUGAAAGCUUUUAGACAACCAACAUCUGAUACGGUCAAAAGUGGAGUUAAAAAAACAAUUGGAAAACUGAAGGAAGUCAGUGAAAAGCCUUCAAAACAAAAUGAAGGAAUGGAUGAAGAUGAAGCAGCCUCAGAUAAAAGACAUGAAAGUGAAAUACUAAAGGAUUAUAUUGACAAGCAUUCCCAUUGUAGUACUACUAAGGAGAGAAUUAAUAUGCUUAAAAAGAAAGGAAAGAAGGUAUUGGAGACUAAAGGAACAAAUAUUCCAAAUAGUAGUGAAAAUAAUGAAAAUACAGUGGCUAAUGCUCAUAUUAAGGAAAAAACUUUAGAUAAUAUAAGAAUCCCAUCGCAUCUGAAACAGAGUGAAUUAAGGAGGAGCCAAAGGCAAAAGAAAACUGAAAACUUCAAAAAUGUUACACCUGAAAAAACUAGGGUUAAUAAUACUGUUUCUGAAAAUGAACUAGGUGAUAGUCCCCUACAUGCUUCCACACCAAAAUCAAGCAAUAGAUCCUUGAGGAAAAGUAACAUGUAUAAGUCUGAGGUGAUCACAGUACCCUUUGAUGCAAAGAGCCCAAUAAGAAUGAGGUUUACUCGAAUUAAUGCAUCUAAAAAAUCCGAAAAAGCUGAAACAAUGGAAAAUGAAGAAUUUACCCCAAGAAAUAUAAAGAGGACCUGUACUUCUAAAAAUCUAUCCAAAGCUAAACAAUUGAUUGAAAAAGCAAAGGCCAUACAACAUAAUAGAUCAAAGGCUAAUGAAGAUACCCCAACACCUGUAAGACGCUCAUCUCGACAGCAAGCUCUUGCUGAAAAGAAAAAAUUACAAAAAAAUGAAGAUUCAGUGAUAAUUUUAAACUCAAGCCCAAAGAGUACUAUUGAUUCUACACAGAAUGUGGAGAAAAAGCAAAAGAAACUUCGAAGUUUAAAUGAUGUACUAGGGAAAAAAUCUAAAAAUAUGAAGGUUACUAACAGCUCACACGGAAAAGGGAGAGUCCUGCCUUCAUUACUGGGCAAAAAAGCUCAAAAUGUUGCAGAUGAACCAAUUGUAAUUUUUGAUGAUAGCAGCCAAGAUGUAUCUGAAAAUUCUCAAGAUGAUGAGCAGUUCAAGGCAAAACGUGAAUUUUUGAUGAGUGGUUUGCCAGAGUCUCUAAAAAGACACAUUGCAAAGAAAGCAGCAGUAUUAGAAGCAUACUCUGUGGCAAGUUGCUGUUUUCAGACAGUCAUCCAUGUACAGCAGAAGGAUGAUGAUUGUGUGAUGUGGAGGUUGACAUUGCCGUCAUGUCCUCUUCUAACCCAGCUAAGAGAACUGAACACGGAAGUAACUGAUGUCACAAAACUCGCUAUUUCACUUGGUGAAUUCUCAGUUAUAAAUUCAAAAUCUAGUGACGACAAUUCAAUUGUGCUGUCUGGACAGAGACCAGUUAUUUCCAAAAUACUAAGGAUGUAUUUGUUGGAAGAGAUCAGAUCUUCAAACUCACAGUUUCCCGUGAGAACUUUUUUUUACCAGUUUCUGAAAAAACAAACUGAACCUGUACUUUUCAAAAAUAAAAAAAAAGUAUGCAUGGAAGAACGUGAAACUACAAACUCUAAACUAGAUCAGAUAAGUUCUGAAAAUCAGAAAGAAAUCAAGAGGAAAAGAAAAAAAACUGAAGACCACAAAUUAAAAAAAAGAAAACAAGUUGAUAAUGCAGAAACUGAACUAAAAUCCAAAACUCCUGAGUGCAUAGUUAUCGAAGUAUCCUCCGUAAAGCAAAAAAAACCACAUAUGGAAACAAACAGACCCCAGGAAUCUGAUGUUAAAAUAGUAGAAGACACUGAGCUUGGAUCAAUAUUAAACCCUUUCUCUGAUGGUGAAAAGGAAGAUGUGCUCUGGACAGAAAAAUAUCAACCUCAGGACUCUAGUGAACUUAUAGGGAACUCAGUAGAAAUAAAAAAGUUACACAGUUGGUUGAAAGAAUGGAAAAAAAGAGCUGAUUGGGAAGAAAAAAACAGUCAGAAGAGUGAAAAAGAUGCAGAGAGUCAGCAAGAUUCUAUGGACUGUAUGGAUUUCAAAGAUGACAAAUCUGAGAGUGAAGAAGAGAGUAUUCUCUGCAAUACUGUGCUCAUUACUGGCCCAUCAGGAGUGGGAAAGACCGCUGCAGUGUAUGCUUGUGCUCAGGAGCUUGGUUUUAAGAUAUUUGAAGUUAAUGCCUCUUGCCAGCGAAGUGGUAGACAGAUCCUGUCUCAGCUAAAGGAAGCUACUCAGUCUCAUCAAGUGGACAAACAAGGUGUAAAUGCACAUAAACCUUGCUUCUUUAACUGUGGUAGCAGCACUAAGUCCCCAAAAAAAAUAAAUUCUCCCAGGAAAGCUAUUUCACCAAGAAAACCUCCACUUUCACCCAAAGGAACAGGAUUAAAACGAAGUUUACCCCCUAAAACAUUAGCAAAUUAUUUCAAAGUAUUUUCUAAGCCUGAGGAUAAUGAAGAAAUAGUAAAAUCUCAAGAAAAAAACAAAGCAAAUACUCAGAAUUCAUCUAAAGAAAAAGUGGAUAUACAAACUAAGUCCGCAAACAAGGAAGUGGGAGGAGAGGAACCCAAUAGAAAAAAUGCAACCUCUCUUAUACUCUUUGAAGAGGUUGAUAUAAUAUUUGAUGAAGAUGCUGGGUUUCUAAGUGCAAUAAAGACAUUCAUGGCUACUGCAAAGAGACCCAUAAUUCUUACUACAAAUGAUCCAACUUUUAGUUUAAUGUUUGAUGGUUACUUUGAAGAGAUCAACUUUAGAACACCCUCUUUGGUAAAUGUUGCAAGCUAUUUACAAGUGCUCUGCUUGGCUGAGAAUCUACGAAUGGAUUUAAAAGACUUUGCCACUUUGUUAACCAUAAACAACUGUGAUAUCAGACAAAGUGUUCUUUACCUACAAUUUUGGGCUAGAAGUGGAGGUGGAUGCUUGAAAGAAAAACGUUUAGCACUUCAUGGAGGAGAGGAACGAGAAGGAACAGAUCAGAUAACUUGCACUGAAAACAUUGCUUCUGAGAAUGAUCUUCCUCAAACUGAGAUGGAGCUUCCAAAAUGUGAUACUGGCUUUACUGAGACUUUGCUUGGCCUUAAGAACAUUUUUUUACCUUCAGAAGAUUUGCUUUCAUUUCUUAAGCAUAAAAUCACAACAACAGAAGAAUGGCGUAAACUGAUACAGAUGCUCACAGAAUUCCAGAUGAAGAAAGUGGAUUUUAUACAUAGUAACCUUGAACUUCUUCUGCCUUUACCAGUUUGUAUUCUUCCAGAGCCAACACAGAAUUCUAAUCCUUCAUUUAAAAGGACUACAGUAAAUUCUUCAAAUGACGUACCUCUUGAUAGUAAUUUCUCUGAAAAAGCUAUCGCUGUCAAAAAGCCUAAAAGGAUGAAGCACCAGAAAAAGAUUGCUUUAUUGGAUGAUAGUGAUUUAUUUGAUACUGAAUUGAACUAUUCGGCUGGAUUUAUAACUUUGCCAUCAGACAUUCCUGAAUCAUGCUUGGAAGAAAACAAAGAUGGAUUAAAAGUUAUGAUGAAUGAAAAAGAUAAACAAUUGAACACUGAAAUAUCAGCAAGGAAAAAAAGCUCUGCUCUUGCUUCUUAUUGUUUAAAUGCAGUAACUGAAUUUGUGGAAAACAUGUCUUUCUUAAACACUAAUGUAAUGACACACAAAGCGUUUUGUAAAAAUGAAGGGUUUAAUUGGACAAAUAGCAAAAUUAAAAAUGGUCUUUCUGAUGAUUUUAGUACAGAAGACUUUGAUUGGUGGAGUUAUCAAAGCUGUAGUGAACUAAGGGCAGCUAUAGAAGCACUCAGUUUUAGUAAGUGCUCUGCUGGUAUUUCACAAAGCAUGGAAACCUCCUUGAACUCCUGUAAAACACUAAGAAGAGAUCAAACUGAGGAAAUUACUCUGCAUGUUUCAAAAGACAGAAAUGAUGUAUAUUUUAGUCAAUCGGCUGAUUUAAGCAUUCACAGAAAAGGACAGAAGAGGCUGGAAAUCAUCAAAACUGUAUUUUCCACUAGAAGUCCUUUAAGCCUGGUUAACAGGCAAGCUAGUGUAACUGAAUACCUGCCUGCUCUCCGCAAUAUUUGUAGAUCAGAGAAACGUAAAGAACAAGGGAAGACUAAAAGAAGGUUCCUGCAUUAUCUUGAAGGAAUUCAUCUUGAAAUACCCAAAGAAACUGUUUACAGUCUGGCAGCUGAUUUCCCUUAAAAGAUUUUAUACCAGUAGUGUCUUGUACAGAUUGGUCUACAUGGUAUUUUGAUUUUACCAGACCAUUUAGUUUUUACUGUAUGUUCAAAGAGCUAUUUGUAUUUAAAAUACAGCUUUGAGUAUUUAAAAAUGCAAACUGUAUAUUUCUGCUGUGAUAGUAUUGAUUUCCACAAUCCAAAUGUGGGUUCUUCUGGUGCUUAUAUAUAUAUACUCCCUGUGUGUUCAAAAGCAUUUAUUCUGUGGUACCUCUCAGGACUUUAUAAUUCUUUUCUCUGAUUGCGGCCUUAACAUUGCACUUUCAACUAAGGAGAAUUAAUUCAUAUAUUCGAUAGCAAAAGGUGCUUGAGUAAUGAACUAGUGCCACAAUUGGUGUUCGAAGUAAGUAUUUUUCCAGGAGAAGACUGCUUCAUUGCUCUAAGCAGUAGUUUCAACCUGAUUCUUCAAAAGUUGUCAAAUAACCUGCCUCAUGCAAAACUUUGGUAAAAACAGGAAGCCUCUAAGUAAUCACAAUAAAAAAUUAGGAAAAAAUUGAAGUAAAAAUACUUAAAAUUGAAAAUUAAAGUACUAUGCAUCAUAAUAUGCAUAUCUCUAUAAGUUUUCAUUUAUUCCAUGUAUUCUCAUUACAUUUGCUAGGCCAGUGUGUUUAUCUUAAAUGGGAAGAAAAUGUUUACUGUACUCCUAAAUGGGCCCAAACAGAUUCAGCCAGAUUUUGUAAAUAAUACUUCUAUAUCUGUAUUACUUCUGAAUUUAGUAACAUAUAAUUUGUGGUAAUCUUGUAUAUUGUGUUCUAUUUUUUUAUAUUGUAUUUUAUAUUUGAAAGACUUCAGUCCAGAUAUCUGAGGUUAAAAUCUGUUUUAUAUAUGAAAGGAAAUAAAUUUGAGUGAGAUCUUGGUACAACUCUUAAUGUUCUGACAGUAUGAAAGGUAAGAUUUAAAAUUUGAUGAUCUAAACCCUCUGCCUUUUUAAUCACCUGAAAGUUUUUUCUUUUUUCUAAAUGACACAUUUAUUUAAAUAUAAGCUUUUCACAGCCAAUAUCACGUUUGGACUGUUGCUCUAAAGACUAAUAUGUAAGGUUUAGUAUAGAGACACAGAAGUGCACAUCAUUAGACAUUCCUAUAACUUUUGAGGAGACCAAUUGGUUUAGUGCACUAUUUCCUAUAGCUGCUUUCUCACCCUAUAUUUUCCUGGCUUCCUUUCAUUAUAGUUUACUCCAGAACAUGCUUAUGAUAAAGCAAAUUGUUAGCUUGAGAUUACUGUAUGUGGCUUAGUCUUCAUUAGUGCAGGAUUUCAAGCAACAGAAUGUAGUGUAUAUUUAUUGAAUGGUAGCUAAACAGAUCUUAACGAGUUGUAUCAAUGAUCUAAAUGCACUAGAUUUAUCAAUUGAUUCUGUACAGCUUUGUAAAGAAUAAAAUAUACCCAGUUUGUAAA